GACUGGCGAUCCAGAGCCUCUUCCAGGAACUGUCUGGCAGCCCGGCGGUGGACUUUGGCUCGUCGGAGCCUUCCUCCUCCUCCCGAACUCCCUCCAGCUCCGUGCCGCUCUCGGGGGCGUGUCCUGCCCGACCUCCCUCUCACUGUGGUCCACUCAGCUGGUUCCAGCGGCGGCGGAGCAGCGGCGGCAGCCAGCAGGAGCGAGAGCAGCUGUAGCUUCAGUUUCCACGACUGGAGCGGUGGCGGCCGCAGCGGCAGCUCAGGGCCGGGCACCUGUGCUGAGCAGGAGUAGUUGGACAAGGGGUAGGGCCGGUGCCAGCCACUCCGAGCCAGAGAAGGACCGGACUCCUCCGGCUGGGAUUCCACGGCUAGGGCACAAUCUCGGGCUGUUAGGGGAGGUGGCAUCGAGCUGUGGAUGCUGUCGCGGGGAAGUAUGUGCAGGAACAGCUAGAGGCCUCCUCCUCGGGGCAGGUAAACCUUUGGUCCAAGGGUAGAAAGCCCAGGUGAGUGGUGCUAGGGACCAUGACAAGCUUCCGCCUGAACUUCGGGGAGGUGGAAACUUUCCUGGACCGGCACCCAGAGUUGUUUGAAGAUUACUUGAUGCGCAAGGGGAAGCAGGAGUUGGUGGAGAAGUGGCUGCAGAGACACAGUCAGGGUCAGGGCGCUCCGGACUCGAGGCCUGCUCUGGCUGACACGGGCAGUGUGGCCCAUGGCAGUGGCAGAGGCGGGAGCAGCCUUGGUGGCAGCACUGGACCAGAUGGCUCUCCAAGCAGCCAGCCCGCUCCUGGAGGUGGGGACGGUGGCAGGGUUCCCUUGAGUCCCUGCUGGGCCAGUGGCUGCCAGGGCGAUGGGAACCUGCAGCGGAGAGCUUCUCAGAAGGAGCUGAGGAAGAGCUUUGCCCGUUCCAAGGCCAUCCACGUGAACAGGACCUACGAUGAACAAGUGACCUCCCGGGCCCAGGAGCCCCUGAGCAGUGUCCGGCGGAGGGCACUUCUCCGGAAGGCCAGCUCUCUGCCCCCCACCACAGCUCACAUCCUCAGUGCCCUGCUGGAGUCCAGGGUGAAUCUGCCUCAGUAUCCCCCUCCGGCCAUCGACUACAAGUGCCACCUCAAAAAGCAUAACGAGCGGCAGUUCUUCCUGGAACUGGUCAAAGACAUCUCCAAUGACCUUGACCUCACCAGCCUGAGCUACAAGAUCCUCAUCUUUGUCUGUCUCAUGGUGGAUGCUGACCGCUGCUCUCUCUUCCUAGUGGAAGGGGCAGCCGCUGGCAAGAAGAGCUUGGUCUCCAAGUUCUUUGAUGUGCAUGCAGGAACCCCACUGCUUCCUUGCAGCAGCACAGAGAACUCAAAUGAGGUGCAGGUCCCCUGGGGCAAAGGCAUCAUUGGCUAUGUCGGGGAGCAUGGAGAAACUGUCAACAUUCCUGAUGCCUACCAGGAUCAAAGAUUCAAUGAUGAAAUUGACAAGCUAACAGGAUACAAGACAAAAUCAAUACUGUGUAUGCCUAUCCGAAGCAGUGAUGGUGAGAUUAUUGGUGUGGCACAAGCGAUAAAUAAGAUUCCUGAAGGUGCUCCAUUUACUGAAGAUGAUGAGAAAGUAAGAUUUCGUGCUUUGCAUGACUUGUACUUUCCUUUCUGA